UAAGCUGGCUGGCAGAUCACAUGCGAAGGCCUAUAUAGCAUGAGACAGCGGCCACCCUUGCCUCACCCGCCCACCUCUCAUCCAAGAUGUCGAGAAAGUUUCAGUCUUUUCGGGAGAACUGGAGGGAAGUUUCCCCUUUCCUCAUCUUCUGUGUACUCGUCUUCUCCGCCAGUGACUUUAUGUUUGGCCUCGAUGCCUCUCUAUUCGGAUCUCUCCAAGCUUUGCCUUCGUGGCUCAAUACUUUUGGCUCGGAGAACCCAGCAGGCGCAGACCUUACCCCAGUGCUACCCACUUUGCGCAAGUCUAUCAUGAACUCCAUCGUAUAUGUCGGUCGUCUGGUCGGUGUGUUGAUCUUCGAGCCCUUCGCCGAAAGGUUCGGGUUCAAGUCCCUUCUGGUGUUCCUUUCUGUCCUGCAGACCAUUGCGGUCGUUCUUCAGCUGUCCGCUCAUGAGUGGAUUCAAUUCACUGUCGGGCGUGUCAUUUCAUACGUGACCAUUGGUCUCAUCGAAGCCUGCAUCCCUUCGUACUGUGCCGAGAUCGCACCUCCUGGCUUGCGCGGCUUCCUCUCCGGCCUCUUUGUCCCUCUUCAAAACGCCUCCGCCAUUUGGGCGAGUGGCAUGUGCACCGCCUACUCUACCGAGACUCGCAAGAUCGGCUGGCUCGUGCCCGUCGCCGUCCAGCUCGCGCCUGCUUGUAUCACCUUGUCUCUCGUCUGGUUCACAGUGGAGUCCCCUCGAUGGCUUGUGUCCAAAGGCAAGACCGACGAUGCAAUCUCGGCCCUCCGCAAACUCAGGACGAAGGAAUACUCAGCCAGUGGACAGGUAGAGGCAGAAGUGGAGCUGAUAACACGAGCGAUCGAAGACGACAAUGCGGUGGUAGGAGGACGCUGGAUAGACUUGUUCUCUGGCUCGAUGUGGCGACGUACCCUGUACACCAUGAUCAUGUUCAUUGUCUACGAAGCCGGCGGGAAUCAAUUCUACAAUUCCUAUGGUCCCUCUUUCUUCGUGGCCAGCGGUCUCGGCUCCAAGUCGUUCAUUUACGCCUGUCUUGUGCAGAUGGCGGGCACCAUUGGCUCCCUCAUGACCAUCCUCCUCACCGACCGAGUUGGUCGCCGGCCGCUGUGCAUUUUCGGCUCAACCUUACUCGUCAUUUGGGUCACGAUUAUUGGAGCAUUAGGGUCUAAAAAGGACAUCACGACAAACACUUCGGCACAGAACGCGGUGGUGGCGUCGUUCGUCAUGCUGCUCUGGUCUACCAAGCUGGCCUUUGCCACUCACGCCUUCAUCGUCACAAUCGAGAUGGGCGGCUCGCGUAUGAGAAAGAAGCUCAUGUUUGUUGGGGCGUUGUUUGACGUUUUGUCCUCUUUCGCCGUGUCCUUCGCCUCUCCCUAUGUCGUGACCGCCAUUGGGGCAAAGAUCGGCUACGUUUUCACCUUCAUCUCUGGCGGCGGCCUCAUCUUUUCCAUCUUCUUCCUCCCCGAGCUUCGUGGCCGCACGCUCGAAGAAGUGGACGAGCUGUUCGACAAGCCCCGAUUCCGCUGGGGGUGGCAGUUUCAAGGUGCCAAGACGCCCAUCUCGCAAGGCGUGUGGACUGCUGAUGAUGCAGAGGACAUCCAGGACAAGCCUGAGGAAAUUUACGAGCUUGUCGAUGGCGAGAAGAAGUAAUCGUUCAUGUCUUGCGGGCGGCUCGAGUUAGUAGUGAUUGGGCUCUGAAUUCGUUACAUGGGAGUUGUACUCGUAUAGUUGGAAGAUUAACUGAUUAUGUGAACGGAAUCAUGCAUGCUGCU